UCAGUCAGGCGUUCUCCGCGGGCAGCCCGCGGCGGGGCCUUGCCUUAUAUAGCGCGGGGUCCUCGGCGGCCUGGGUGGCUUCUGCCCGUGCUGCUGUCGUAGACGCGGCCGGCUGUUGAGUGUGGCGGCUGUUGGUUCGCGGCGGCGGCGGCGGCGGCGGGGGGAAGAGGGCGAGGCGACGGGGGAAGGAGGCGGCAGGCGCGGCGGCGACGGCGGGGCCCGGGGCCCGCGGCGGCGGCGGCGGCAGCAGCGAGGGGGGCGAAGAUGGCGGACGUGCUCAGCGUCCUGCGACAGUACAACAUCCAGAAGAAGGAGAUCGUGGUCAAGGGGGAUGAAGUGAUCUUCGGGGAGUUCUCCUGGCCCAAGAAUGUGAAGACCAACUAUGUAGUUUGGGGGACCGGAAAGGAAGGCCAACCCAGAGAGUACUACACAUUGGAUUCUAUCUUAUUUCUCCUUAAUAAUGUGCACCUUUCGCAUCCUGUUUAUGUCCGGCGUGCAGCUACUGAAAAUAUUCCUGUGGUUAGAAGACCCGACCGAAAAGAUCUACUUGGAUAUCUCAAUGGGGAAGCAUCAACAUCAGCAAGCAUAGACAGGAGUGCCCCCUUGGAAAUAGGUCUUCAGCGGUCUACUCAAGUCAAAAGAGCUGCAGAUGAAGUUUUAGCAGAAGCAAAGAAACCACGGAUUGAGGAUGAAGAGUGUGUGCGCCUUGAUAAAGAGAGAUUGGCAGCUCGUUUGGAAGGCCAUAAAGAAGGGAUCGUGCAGACUGAGCAGAUUAGGUCUUUGUCUGAAGCCAUGUCAGUGGAAAAAAUUGCUGCAAUCAAAGCCAAAAUUAUGGCUAAGAAAAGAUCUACUAUCAAGACUGAUCUAGAUGAUGAUAUAACUGCCCUUAAACAGAGGAGUUUUGUGGAUGCUGAGGUAGAUGUGACCAGAGAUAUUGUCAGCAGAGAGAGAGUGUGGAGGACAAGAACAACUAUUUUACAGAGCACAGGAAAGAAUUUUUCAAAGAAUAUUUUUGCAAUUCUUCAAUCUGUAAAAGCCAGAGAAGAAGGUCGUGCCCCUGAACAACGGCCAGCUCCAAAUGCAGCCCCCGUGGAUCCUACAUUGCGUACAAAACAGCCUAUUCCAGCUGCUUACAACAGAUAUGACCAAGAAAGAUUCAAAGGCAAAGAAGAAACGGAAGGCUUUAAGAUCGAUACUAUGGGCACCUACCAUGGCAUGACACUGAAAUCUGUAACGGUCUUUUUCUUGAUGGAUGUUUCUUUUAGUGUUGUUCUUCUUGUCUUUCCUGCUUCUCAUUUCCUCUGUGAGUGACUGCUCUCAUGUUUAUUUUAAGUAUCUGGUUUAAAAUUCUUAUUGCUUCUGUUCUGGACAGAUCUUACAAUUAGAUGCUAAAUUCUUGGAAAUUACUGUUUUGUGUGUGUGUGUGUGUGUGUGUGUGUGUGUGUGUAUUUAUGUAUGUAUGUAUGUGUGUGAACAAAUUGAAGAUAUUUAUUUGAAAUGUUUGUAAAUGGAAACUAUUUAAGAAUCCACAUUUGCUUUAGUUGGAAAAGUAUUAUUAUAGAACUGGAUAAAUUUUGCAGUUGAGCUUAUAAUAUAGUGACCCUGAGAUAACUUAUACAUUAUAAUGAGUCAUUAUAGUGAAUACACUAUAAUGUAUCAUAAACUAUGAUAUAAUAUAAAAGUUACCCUAGCAUUAACAGAAGGAACUUUAUGAAUUUAACUUUAGACUGAGUGUCGUGGUUCCUGUUUGUAAUCGCAACACAAAGGAAACUGACCGAGGGUCAUGAGUUUAAGGCCAGUUUGAACCACGUAAUGAGAUCUUAUUUAUCUCUUUCAAAGAUAAAAAGAGAAUUAUAGCUUUAUAAAGUGCUUGCCUAGCAAAUGAGGCCCUGGGUUCAAACCCAAGCACCAUGUAGACAAAACAUCCCCAGAAAGCUAAACUAGAAAUACCCUUCUUUUAGCUGUAUUACCCUGUAAAAGAUGAUCUUCAAAUAAUAGUGUCAAAUUUGGAGACACCUAUAGUCAUAAAAUUAUUCAGGCUUAUUAAAGUUAGCAGUAUAUUUUGUGGUGCCAUUUCCUUUGAUCACUCUUUGAAUGACUUCCUCAGCAUUUACCAUUGUUGCUUUUCCCUGUUCUGACUGAUCUCUCUCCAGAUAGAUAGAAUAUAUUUCUUCUUAGAUACAUAGAUAAUUUAGCUUAAGCACUACUAUGUUUUCAUAUUCUGCUUGAUCUGUUCAAGAACUGUUCCAUAGGUAACUAAACUUUAUGAUGUAGAUAUCCCAAAGGUCUGACUUACUGCAAAAGAGGAUAGAAGUUAUAGAAUGUGUUUGCUUUAAUCUUGGUGCUAACCACAUUAAAUUGUGUUAAUUGAUAAGAGAGAGGCACUGGAUUCCAUUUUUCAUCCUUCAUACAUACCAGCUUGAUAGAUGAACGGGUUAGCUUAAGUACUGCCUUCUUCUUUAACUCAACUUCAGUGUUAGUAAACACUGCAAUUUGUUUUUUAUAUCAUGGUAUAAAAUAUUCACAGUGUACUCAGAAUGAAUACAAAAGCCAUACAUAAAUAAUAAAUUGAAUAUUACUAAAAGUAUCACUGUAGAAAACAAUGAGUAAAGACGUGGUUAUAUUGUGUUGGCACAGCACAUACCUACUGCACAGCUUCAUGAUAGCAGCAUUAAAAAUAUUUAAACUUUAAGUAUUUAUUUGAAAGAUGUGAAGCUUUACUAUAGAAUAGUGGUAGUGUAUGGAAGGUUUAUUCCUAAGACUAAUUGGAUUAAACAAAUUUUGUUCACAUUUUCCUGAGCUGAUGGCAUUCCACGAAUAAAAUCACGUAAUGAACUGUUUUUAGUAAUGUAAUGUGUCGUCUCUUCCUCCUAGCUCUCUCCUUCCUUCUUUCCCACGUACACAAAAAAUAAUGAUGAUAUAAGUGUGGUAGAGGUUGCCUCACACCUCAACCCAAUAUACUAACAUGUAUUUGCUGUACAAGAAAUGUGUACUGUAAACAGGCACCAGGUAGCUGGAGUUGCUGAAAAGGCUUGACUCCUUCCUUAGUCCAUCAUGGUAACAAACAAGAUGAAAGCCUGGCAUUUCUGUAUCCAUUUUUCAUUUGUUUCCUUUAUUUUGUGUCACCUGUUUACUGGACAGUAAGUACAUUAAUCAUUCAGGAAGUGUCUGUUUCUAAGCAGGUGAUACUUCAGGUACAAGGAUGGAUUGUUUCAUAAACCUUCAGUCCCUUUGAACAAGACGGAAAGGUGAAACAGACUUGUCAAGCUGAGAGCAGGAUCUGUGAUGGAAGACUGUGUACCCUGGGCCAGAAUGUCUUCUAGGAGCCAGAUUGGUCCCAUUGGGAAUGACAGUGACUACUAAUAGAUUAGCAGCUUCUUGUGAGGUCGGAGUUGAUAAAACCCUGAGUUGGGACCACACCUUGAUGAAACUGCAUGAUGAGAUGUAUCUAUCUCCCUCAAGCCUCCCUAAGUCUUCCUUUAUUUAAAUACACAGGUGUAUCAGAACUCUGAGACUAAAACUUGGGCUGGGCUUCUUUCUUGGUUAGUAUUCCCAGUACUCAUUAAGUUUAUUAGAACAGAGAACUAAGUGUAGCUUGUUGUUGCUACUUUAGCUGGGGUUUCUCUUCCAAACCCUUGCUCACACUACUGUUUUUAUUGGCCUCUUGUUUACAUUGUAUUAGUUCUUAUCCACGGAAAUAUGCAAGUCAUCUUUUGUAUAGUAUGAAUUCUACAUAUAGGCUUUUGUCUCUGUCACUUUAGUUCAUUUUACCAAGAAACAGUUAUGAAGACUGUAGGAAAGUAAUUUUUCCUAAACCACUUCCUGUUUUAGCUGUUCUUUCUUUCAUCGCAGACUUGUUUUUAGUGAUGUGUGUACUAGAUGGGUCAGAUGAAGAAAAGUAUAUGGAUUAAAUUAGUGAUCCAGGUUGUUAGCAUGUGACCAUAACAACAGAAUUUAUUAGUAAGGGUAAUUUCUGCUAUUUCCACAUGGUUAGUAGCUAUGUAUUGAGAGUGUUGAGAAAGCACUCAUGGUUUUAGUGGUACACGACUUUAACUCCAGCAUUCAAGAGGCAACCUGAGCUGCAUGGCAAUUUUGAGGAUAAGAGACUAGAAACAGGGUUUAAAUCUAUACUAAGUGUUCAUAUAGUUAUAGACCCUGAAUUAACUGUUUAAGGUUUUACUUUGACCUUCAAGAAUUUUAUUUUUGUAGAAAGUAAAUUUACUGGUCCCCUUAAGUGUGUUGUUUGUACGGCUAGAUGCAAGUGUGUGUGUGCUCUUUAGUUUUCCUUUCCUUUUUGAAAAAUAUUGUAUAGGUAUGAACAGAUCUCUGAUAAUGGAAAGGUCUUUUAAACAAAAAAAGAGCAAACUUUAAGAUAAAAAGGAGUAAAAUGCUAGAUCAUUCCUCUUUGUUCAUUAAUUUCUAACCUCACAGGUUUUACAUUGUAUCAAGAGUUAGGUUGGCUAAGACUCAAAAAGAUAUCUUUAUUGCAACAUCUUAGCUCUUUUAAAUUGCAAGGAGUAGCAAAACUUAAGUUAUUUUGAGGCUUGGCUAAAGAUGAAAAUGCUAGACAAUGGUUAGCUUUGCAUUUUAUUUUUAUUUAUUUAUCUACUUAUUUAUUUUACCGGCCAAUCACCUCAGGCUAGCUUUGAGUUCAUAGUUCUUCUGCCUCCUGAUGUUGGGUUAAAGUCACGAGCCCCUAUGCGGUCUUCAGACUGUUCUUUAACAGAUACAUUGUUCUUGGAUUCUUUCUUUUCUCCAACUUGUUCAUGUGCUAGAGCAGCUGUGGGCACGGUCUUAACAUUUUACAAAAUCUCAGAGAUAUUAAAAAUGGUUUUAUUAGUGCAGAGUCUGCUCAUACUGUGUGUUUUAUCAGUUAGCUUUUGGCUACCAUCAAGACGUAAACAAACAAACCAAAAACUUGGAGAAAUUGAUAAAAUUAAAGAAUACUGUGGCUAAAAAUACAGAAACUUUAACAGUCUAAGGACUUGUUUGCAGGAACCGAAUACGUACAUACAUAAAUGUGUAUAAACACAUGUACAUAUUUGUGUAUAUAUUUUAUUUUUUUUAAUUUUUAGCUCAACUACUGUUUUAGCCAAAGUAGUAACUGUUUCAUUCUUGUUUUUCUAUGUUAGUUUUUGAAUCUAGAGUUUAUUUCUUUGUAUCCUAUGAACAGAAUUCUCUUUAAUAAUCGUUAUAAUCUCAGAGAUAUACAGUUUCUGAGUUUUAUUAAUUUGUUGCUGAAACCCAUUUUAUUUUAAAAUAAAUUUUAUUUUUAUUGUCUAUUAAACACAAUAUUAUGACACAUUUAUAGUAUAUCUGUUACUGUAGUGAGAUAAACUUACACAUCAAUCAUUGCAAGUAGUUACCCAGAUAUCUUAGGCCAGUAGGGGCACCUCUGAAGUUGAGACCUAAAAUAUUUUGACUUGACUUCAUUAAUUUCUCCGUCCCUUGAUUUCUGGCAUUCUGAUGUAUUUUCUACUCCAGAUCUGGAAGACUUUUCCUUUUUCGCAAUGAUAAGUGGUUGUUUUUAAGGCAGUGGUAUCUAGACACUUUAACCUGAGCAUUGGAAGUAGUCCCUGAACUAGGGACAAGUCUGAUGGCCCGAGUUCUAUUUUGGAAAUCACAUAGUUGUAGGAAAAACCCAACUCCUACAAGCUCUCCUCUACUUGCUGUGGCAUGUGCUUAAACACAUGUAAACACAGAUAGAAUAAAUAAUUAAAACAUUUUUUUUGAGACAAAGUUUUGUCUGCUACACAGCUGUGACUAUCCUUGAACAUCCUAUGUAGACCAGCCUGUCCUCAAACACCUAGAGAUCUGCCCACCUCUGUCUCUCAAAUGUCUUAGUUAAAAGUAAUUAAAAAAUAUUUUACACUAUUGAGGCUCCAUUGUCUUUCAAUAAACAGAAAGUUCUUUUGAAAUGUUAGAUAAUAUUUUUAUAUUACUAUUUCUAAUAUAAUCCAGAAAUUGAAAUUUUCACUUAAAUUCUUUGUAUCAUAGAAGAAAGAGUUCCUCUGUUGUUAAAAAGGAGGGACUGUGCACCUAAGCUCAUGCCUCAUGUGUUUUCUUCUUAUGAGUACAUUUAUCCCAUUAAGAGCACCAACAGCUCCUCUAGAGGACAAACGUUCAAUACCCAGCACCCAUGUGGAAGCUCACACCUCUGUAACUCCAGUUCCAGCAGAUCCAUGGCACCAGGCAUGCAUAUGGUACACAUAUAUGUGCACGCAGGCAAAAUACUUACACACAGAAAGUAAAAGCAGUAAACCUUUAGGAGAAGAUACAGUAUAAGUUUAAAUGGUACUCAUUGACUCAACAUAGACAAAAACAUGAAUAAAAGGUAGCUAAUUUUCAUUUUAAGAUCAUGAUUUUUCAGUAUAGUUGUAGAAUAUGAACUGUAACCAUUCAAAAUAUAUUUUUGUUUCCUGAUUAAUUGUCAGGGGAGUUUAAUAAGGCUAUGUUUCACUCAUUUCUAAAGUUUGCCUUUUAUCUAUUUUGUCUUUAUUUUUGAAGUAUUACUAUGUUGCUUUGGCAGAUCUGGAACUGCAGGGCUCAAAUAAUUGACCUGUGCCUCAUCUUACCAAGUAGCCAAAAGUAUAGUAUAAGUAGGCUUCUCCAUACCCUGCUUGCCUUUAAUAUUGGUCGAAAUUAGUUUUGCUUAGUUAUGAAUAACCUUUGUGUUCAUCUUCACUUUGGAUUCUCUUUCUGACUACAAUGUCAUAAAUUAAUAAAGUAGUCAUUAAAAAUCUUGAGAGUAGGUGCUUGAGUAAUUAAUACUGAAUUUUAUAUCAUCUGGCAUCUAUUUUUUUCUUUAAAUAUUUUUAUUUCAUUUACUUAUGUUUUGUGUGUGUGUGUGCACGCGCGCGUGUGCGUGUGUGUACAGGUGUCUUGGUGCACACUUAUAAUGGUCAGAGGUCAAUUUGUGUGAGUCAAUUCUCUUUUCCACUAUUUGGGUACCUAGGAAAAGGCAUGGUAGUAUACUUGGUUUGUUUGUUCUUGAGAUAUGAUCUCUUUAUUAUGCAGCGCUGACUAAUUUUGGAUUUGCUAUGCAGACCAGGCUGGCCUUGAACACACUGAAAUCCACCAUGCUUCUGCCUGGGAUUAAAGGUAUGUGCCACCACUCCUGGCUAGACUUAAUCAGGUGAGUUGGCAUUGGCCCUAACACAGAACAGUAGCCGAGAACUGGUCCAGUGGGUACAUCUAUGCACUGCUGUAUUUGUUGGCUACAAUUACAGUUGUGAAAUUUCUAAGUGUCACUUGCCUACUGUUAGCAGAUGUAACCCAGGGCCUAAAACAGCAGUGCACAAUUUUUCAAAAUUAAAGUUACCAUUUACCAAUAUUUGCAGAAGAGAAGAGCAAACAACCAAGGGACCAAAUGUCUUUUCCUUUCCCUUUUCUUAUGUAUCCCUAACACCUGAUGUCAUGUGCCAGUGAGUGAACAGUGUCUGUGAGAUCUGUGGGCUUGGCCAAAGAGAAUAAGUAGAGAAUGAGGCAUAGUGGGAUGAGCCAAUUGUGCUUGGUUUUGUAGAACUAUUAGCUUCUGCCAUAAAUGAAAUACACAGCAGAAGAUCAUAAUAGUGGAUAAGAGCAUGACCUCUGAGGUGGAAGCCUUUCAUUACUAGCCUUGUCAUUAAAUGCAUUUAACCUCUUGUAGGAGUCUAAAAGUAUUGUAUAAAGUAAUAAGGGUGCUUUUAACAGUUCCAGAUACACUGCUUCCACAGUCAGUAAGUAGUGUGCGGUGUUGUUAUUGGUAUUUUAUUAUUAUUUUUUUAGGGGGGAGAAUCAGGUAUUUAAAAAGUUCCAAUUAGGUGUAUGUGCUUAUAUUUUUAUGCAUGAAAGACAUUAAGGAAAUGCAAAUUAUUUAGUUGUUGAAGAUUUCAUUACUUCUAAUUUUAUUUCAAACAAACUAAUGUUGUAAAUACUGAAGUUUGCAUUUUCCUUUUGAAAUGUCUAUUAACACUUUGAGUUUAGUGUUAUACAGUUGAUUCUGUAAACUUUCUUUUGGUCAAAUCAAUAUAAUAUAGUCAUUUUCAAACAUUUCUUACAUACAAAAAUUUUAUAUAAACAAGAUAUAAUUAACAACUGGUGAGACAUUAUAUAGCAGCUUAUAAAGUUAGCAUUUAUAUUAUUGAAAAUUAAAUGUAAAAAUAAAUUAACAAUAGAAUUUUUAUUUUAAAGUAAGGUUUGAUGGUUUUCUUAGGAUUUUAUUGUUUAACCUAAAAUUGCCUUGAACUCUCUUUCUUCCUGCCUUAUUUUCCAAGUGCUGAAGCUAUGCUAGCGUGUGUUCUCCCAAAGUCAAAAGUACAGACUUUUGACAUUAAUAACUUGACUGGUUUAAUGCUCUCUGAGGACUCAGACCAUGAUUAAAUUAUUUUUUCAAAUUAAUGGAAAUAAUUUUAGUAAGCACUUAAGUAUUUUUAAGAACUCUGUGUUUUUUAAGUCAGUAUUUUAAUCCCAGUAAUCCUAUACUAUUAUAGUUUUUAAAUAUCACUUAGGAGCUCUCUUUUUGUUUACAUACUUGUGCAGGAACGCUCACAAACAUACAUAGUUCCCAUUUUCAUUUUAAACCUUUGUGGUAUAAAUCAGAGAGACUCAGUACACUGUCAGGGUCUCUCUCUGUCUUUGAUCACUGGUGUGGUUUGGUGUUAUCCUCUGUGUAUGUCUUUUUGUGAGGCAAUUCUGUUCACUACAAUUACAUAGAAUAAAUUAAAAAAACAUUAGCUAAGAGCUGGAUAUGUUUUAUAGCUGAUUAUUCAUAACCAUUUGGUGUGGAAUAGAAUACUUAGGCUUCUUAUUUAAAAAAUGAGCUAUACAUUUAAUAUAAGUAGAACUCUGUAUUACUAAUAAAUAAAGCUUUUUGUGUGUCUGUCAAUUUAGCCUUUCAUACUAGAUUUAGUGAUAAAAACGAAUAUUAGAAUUCUGAUAGAAGAUAUUCUGACUCAAUUAAAAUUUAUAAAUAUACAUAGGAUA